AUGGUGGUGGGUGAGCGCGACAAGAACUUCCCUCCAUGCGAUGCUCUCGAUGGCACACCUCUCUCGAAAGACGGAUCCGGUAAGGUCACGGGCACUGCCCACGCUUGGGCGCCCAACUACCAGGGCCCCAAUGGCGUCAGCAGCCGCGGCUAUUUCACCAAGCGCAACAACAAGUUUGUCACCACUGACCCCGUCUUCUACACCGCUCCCGGUACUGGUUCCUGUGGUGUCAAGUACACUGAUCAGGACGUGGUUGCCUGCCUGAAGCCUGGCUGGGUCAACUCGGCCAACAAGAACGGAUGCAACAAGUGGAUCGAGGCUACCAUCCAAGUGACGGGUAAACGCGUCACUGCUCAAGUUGUGGACUCUUGUGGAGCGUUGGCCGCCAGCGACACCACAUUCGACUGUGGAGAUCUCUACCUGUCUCUCGCUGCUUACUCUGUCCUCGCUGGCAACGAUGAGAAAGUCAUCAAGGCCGGCCGCCUCCCUCACCCCGUGCAAUGGUCUUUCAUCCAGGAGCCCUGCUGGGCCUGUGAACAAGGUCUCCCCGGUAAGCAGCCCGACGGCAGCCCAGACCACUGCACCAGCCUCGACAACAGGGGCGAGAUGCGACACGGCCGCAAGCCCACCACCAAGCUGGUCGGCGCUCCCAAAGGCACGGAAUGCAAGAUCAAGUCUCCUGCCGAGUCUUUCAACAUGCAGCCCUUCAUCGACGCUGCAAAUGAGAAGGCGGCCGCUCAGCAGAGUGCCAACCAGUAA